AAUGAAUGUCUAGAAGUUUAUAAAUUACUUUAUUUUUUCUGAUAGUCAAUUUGCCCUUUUUGCCAUUUCUAUUUGAGAUGGAAAGACCCUUGUAUAUUUGGUCUUACAACUUUUUCCGUACGCAAUUUAACAUUUUAAAAUUCGCAAGUGCGGACACCAGGUAUUUUUAGACGGCGCGGUCUGCGUCUAGAGACAUCGGUAGUUUGCAAAAAGACGCCGACGCCUCGUGUUAACCAGCACUUAAAGUAGUGUGCGCGUGUUUUUGAGAAGUCUUAAGUUGAAGACAAUGAACGCCAAAGGUAUGAGGAGGAAGAAAUCGUCUUUGUCGGAAGUCAAGGUGGCUGUGAUUGGGGCUCCCGGAGUCGGAAAAAGUGCCUUGUCAGUCAGGUUUUUAACGCGACGUUACAUUGGGGAAUAUGAUCAUCAGUCAGAGACCAGAUACAAACAUGAAGUUUUAGUGGACAAUGAACCCGUACUCUACGAGAUACUAGACACAUGCCCAAAGAAAUUCGACGACUUACCAUCUUCAGACACAAUCAACUGGGCCGAUGGCCUCCUCCUAGUCUACUCGAUGAUCGACAAAAAAUCCUUCACCUACCUGAAACGUUUUAGCAAAAUCAUCUCCGAAUCGGACAUUCCGGUCUACGUGGUGGCCAACAAGAACGACAUGGUGCACCUAAGAGAAGUGAGUACCGAAGAUGGAGCUCUACUGGCGCGAGAUCUGGAAUGCGGGUUUUCGGAGGUGGCCGCUGCCGAACAGGUGGCGCCGGUGGCGGUGGUGUACCAGGAGCUGUGUCGGGCGGUCUUGGCGGCCAGGAGGAAGUCCAAGCACUCCCUGCUGGAGAGGAUGUUGGGAGGCAGGACCAGCAAUUUGAGGCUGUACGUUAGAGGGAAGAGCGACAGCGCUUUGCCGAAAGAUUGACAGUUACUUUUGAAGUAGGUUUAGAGGAAAAUCCUGAGAUUUAUAUAAGAGAUGAGAUUUUGCAUGACUAGAUAAAAACUAAAGUUUUUAUGCAAAAAUAUUAUUAUUUUUCUAAAAAUAGAACUUGUGACCUGUGAAGUAUAUUAUACACUGUCAAUAUUAAAAAGUAUAAUUCUGUAAUAUUUUUAGGCUUAGUAUUUACAAUAUUAUUAUAAGAUUUUUAGGAAGUUCAUAUAUAAUUUGUACCAUAAGGUUCAAUGUAACAUUUAAUUCCCAUAUAAAUAAAAGAAUUUUGUU